UUCAACAAUUUACUGAAUUUUCUCCAUAUCGAACUGAAGAAGGUUUUGAGAUACCUCAGUUGGAAGUUAAGGUAUUUGUUAAUGUCGUCACUAUAGAAGAUAUUAAAGUGUGCUAUCGUCGUAUUCAAGAAAAAACAGUUACAAAAUACAUGCAAUUAUUUUAUGAUGGUCAUUCUUCAGCAACUGCUUUGCAUACUUAUGAAGAUGAACUUCAUGUUUCUAUUUCAUCAAGUAAAGACCUUAUUAAAGCUCUUGCUGAUCGUUCUGUUAAUCCAGACUAUGAUUAUGUUAAAAACCUUUUUACUCGUUAUCGUAAUUCUCAACUUG